AGCAGCCAGCUUCAAGCCGAGGCCGCGUAGCCAACCUGCGGCCGCGGUGGGUCCCAGGCAGCGCGCGCGCGCACAAAGGCUCCGACGGCGACCGGCGCCCGCGGUGGCCUCGCGCGCGCCCUAGCUUAGCCCGGGGCACCAUGCCGCGGCGCCUGCAGCAGCGGGGCGCCGGCGCGAAAGGACCGCCCGCCCCGACCUCCCGGCGCUCGCAUCCCUCCUCCGUCCCCCGGAGCCCUCCGGCGGCCACCACCAAGCCGCUGCUGCGCUGGGACGAGGUGCCCGACGACUUCGUGGAGUGCUUCAUCCUGUCCGGCUACCGGCGGCUGCCGUGCACCGCGCAGGAGUGCCUGGCCUCGGUGCUGAAGCCCACCAACGAGACGCUCAACUUCUGGACGCACUUCAUCCCGCUGCUGCUGUUCCUCAGUAAGUUCUGCCGCCUCUUCUUCCUGGGCGGCAGCGAUGUGCCCUUCCACCACCCCUGGCUGCUGCCGCUGUGGUGCUAUGCGUCGGGGGUGCUGCUGACCUUCGCCAUGAGCUGCACGGCGCACGUGUUCAGCUGCCUGUCGCUGCGCCUGCGCGCCGCCUUCUUCUACCUGGACUACGCUUCCAUCAGCUACUACGGCUUCGGCAGCACCGUGGCCUACUACUACUACCUGCUGCCCAGCCUGAGCCUGCUGGACGCCAGGGUCAUGACGCCAUACGUGCAGCAGCGCCUGGGCUGGCACGUGGACUGCACCCGCCUCAUCGCGGUCUACCGCGCGCUGGUGCUGCCCGUGGCCUUCGUACUGGCCGUGGCCUGCACUGUAGCCUGCUGCAAGAGCCGCACCGACUGGUGCUCCUACCCGUUCGCCCUGCGCACCUUCGUCUUCGUCAUGCCGCUCAGCAUGGCCUGCCCCAUUAUGCUAGAGAGCUGGCUCUUCGACCUGCGAGGCGAGAACCCCACGCUCUUCGUGCACUUCUACCGCCGCUACUUCUGGCUGGUGGUGGCCGCCUUCUUCAACGUGAGCAAGAUCCCCGAGCGCAUCCAGCCGGGUCUCUUUGACAUCAUCGGCCACAGCCACCAGCUCUUCCACAUCUUCACCUUCCUCAGCAUCUAUGACCAGGUGUACUACGUGGAAGAGGGCCUGCGCCAGUUCCUCCAGGCUCCCCCUGCUGCGCCCACCUUCUCGGGCACAGUGGGCUACAUGCUGCUGCUGGUGGUUUGCCUGGGGCUGGUCAUCAGGAAGUUCCUGAACAGCACCGAAUUCUGCAGUAAAAAAGUGAGCCUCCACCCCGGAGGAGGCUGGUUUGCCCACCUGUUUGCGUGGAGUUUCUGUUGUUAUUGUUGGUUUGUUUUCAAGUUUUGUUGUUUCCUUCUUUGCUAGAAGAGGGUGCUCCAGGCCACAAGGGAAAGGUUCCUUGAUAGUUGGGGAAUCCCAAGUCCACUGGCCUUUGGAAAAGAGAGAUGGGGAUGAAACAGAAGGAAGAGGGCCUCCAGGAAGAAAAUUAGGGACUGUCUAUGAUAUCCAGGGAUUUUGCAAAGACAGUGAGGAUUGUCUGUGAUUACUGAUAGAGCCCCAAGCAGUUGGCUUCUCUAACAGUCUUCUGUGUCCCUUAGUGAAGGCAGGUGUGCAGUGAAGAGGUUAAACACAAAUCCCUGGCUGCUACUGCAGUCUUGAAAUGAUUGGAUUUGUCAAAAGAAUGGAACUUUCCUUGUUGGGAAGUGGGCACAAAAGACGCAAACCCGGGGCUUAACCCACUAGACAAUGCAUGGAAUGUGAACACAAGUUAAUUAUUUCAAAAAUGUGUAUCAGAUGUUAUUUAAAUGAUAAUAUAUACAGUGAUUUUUUUCCAUAAUUUAUCGAAGCCUGUGAGAUGCACUGAAUUUCCUUUGUCACGUAGUUUUGAUUUUGCAGCCUUCUGCAUUGCACACGUGAGCCGGGCAUUAGGGCAAGCUUGAGAGCUCUCCACUACAUUUUUAAACAGUGUUCUGUGAAGGCCUGUGAGUGUCAUGAUAAAACUGUGAAUGACUACUUAGGGACUCUGAUUAGACUAUUGGUUAGGCUCCAGUGGCUUGUAUAGGUCUUCAAUUCCUACUUACUUUGAUGUAUUCCACAAAACCCACCUUGGGUUUUUUUUUUUUUUUUUUUUUUUUUUUUUCCUUUUAAUCUGAUUCUUUCCUCUCUACUUAUUUAAGUUGCCACUAAAUAAAUGUGCCUUUUGAAGCAACA